UUAAAUAUAUUCAUUCAACUAUAUGUUGUAUUUAAAAAAUGUUUAUGUACAAGCUGAUGUUGUAAACUUUUUUCUUCAAUGCGAGACACAACCACUGACGGUUUGAUGAGCACUGGAAAGGAAUGAAUUUGAUAUAAAAAGAGGAACACAUCAGGUAUAAGAAAAUUAUCCCUCUGCAUAAAAUGGACUAUCAUUGUAAUUGCGCAGAUUACUAAUUUUUCUCUACCUGUUACUUUUGCGCGUGUGACUAGAUAUGAACACGAUGGAAUUCUUUCUAAUACACAGCUAAUUUUAUAAAUUGCUAAAUUGUAUUGAACUUAUAUAUAAAUUGCAGCACUUACUCUUCGCAUUUAUUUCAUAGACAAGCAAAAUGCAAUAUAAGCGAAAAAUACGUUUGAUAAACAUGGACGACAAACUAGUGGAGGGUAAUUCUUCGUUUCUCAAUACAGAAGUAUUGUGACAGCCGUAGAAAGAUGAACUUUGUCGGGGAUGGAUACUAUAAACUCAAUCGACGUCUGUUGUUAUUAGUUGGCUUAUGGCCAUAUGAACAUUCCAUCUACAAGUAUUGUCAAAUGAUAUUUUGUAACGUUAUUAUAAUAUUCACGACGAUUUGCCAGUUUGCGAAAUUCAUAACAUUAGAACAAAGGGAUGUCAUGAUAAAACUUCUCUCACCUAUCGUACUUUGCUUAAUCUAUAUUAUAAAAUAUCAAACAUUCUGUAUUGUGGCUAAAAAGCUAAGGAGUCUCAUGAAACAUAUAGAAGAAGACUGGAAUAUGCUUAAAGAUAAAAAAGAAUUAGAGAUUAUAGAACAAUACACUUACAUUGGUAGUAUGUGCACUUUGAGUUUGACAAUACUGGGUUGUUUCGCUACGGUAGUGUGUCUCUUUUUACCAUUCGUACCAAGUAUCCUCGAUAUCAUUGCGCCGUUAAAUGUCUCACGCCCGCGACAACUCCUAUUUCCGGGAGAGUACUUUGUCGAUCAGCAAAAAUUUUUUUACGCAAUUGUAUUACAAGUAGACAUUACGUUGGGCUUAAUAAUUGCCACUUUGAUAAGCACUGAAUCGUUAUACGUAACAUUCGUACAACAUGCUUGUGCAAUGUUUCAAAUUGCCAGUUAUCGAAUGGAUCAAGCAUUUAAUGACAAGUUUUUACAAGGUUACACAUCUGAAAAGCACGCAAUCAUUGUUUGCAAAAGGAUAAUUGAAGCUGUAUAUAUUCACAAAAGAGCUAUCGAGUUUUCGGAAUUCCUGUGGUCCACUCUAGCAAUAUCAUACAGCAUUCUUCUUAUAAUCGGUAUUACAUCUUUAAUUAUUAAUCUUUUUUCUAUGUUUCAAGUAAUUCUAUUCGUAAAGAAAUUUGAUGAACUUAUGACACUAUUUUUAUUCAUCCUCGGUCAUGUUGUGUAUUUGUUCGUGGGUAACUACGUUGGCCAAAUUUUAAUAGAUCAUAGCGCCGAUAUUUUUCAGAACACAUACACCACACGAUGGCAAGGCGCGCCUUUACAGGCACAAAAAUUAUUGCCACUAAUAAUGCAAAGAAGUAUGAAAAGUUGUAAGAUGGUUGUGGGCGGAAUGUUUAUUCCAUCAUUGGAAGGCUUCGCAGCGAAGUAUUAUAUAUGGAUUAAUUUUUAA